AAGAUAAUGGCAGAAAGAAAUCAUUCUACAGUGACUGAGUUCAUCCUGGCAGGAUUAACAGUCAAACUAGAGCUCCAGCUGCCCCUCUUCCUCCUCUUCCUAGGAAUUUAUGUGCUCACAGUGGUGGGGAACCUGGGCAUGAUCACACUGAUUGGGCUCAGCAGUCACCUGCACACCCCCAUGUACUACCUGCUUAGUAGUCUCUCCUUCAUUGAUCUCUGCCAGUCCACUGUCAUUACACCCAAAAUGCUGGUGAACUUCAUGAUAGAGAAAAACACUAUCUCCUACUCUGAAUGCAUGACUCAACUCUACUUCUUCACUAUUUUUGCAAUUGCGGAAUGUCACAUGUUGGCUGCAAUGGCAUAUGACCGCUAUGUUGCCAUCUGUAACCCCUUGCUUUAUAAUGUGAACAUGUCUAAUCAAGUCUGUUCCUGGAUGGUAGCUGGGGUGUAUAGCAUGGGCUUGACUGGUGCCACAGCUCACACUGUUUGUAUGUUAAGGGUGCUUUUCUGCAAGGACUAUAUAAUAAAUCAUUACUUCUGUGAUCUUUUUCCAUUACUGGAGCUCUCCUGCUCCAGUACAUUUAUAAAUGAGGUAGUAGGUCUGUGCUUAAGUGCAUUUAAUAUCUUUGUCCCAACUCUGACCAUCCUUAGCUCCUACAUCUUCAUCAUCACCAGCAUCCUGCGCAUUCGCUCCUCUGAGGGCAGAGCCAAAGCCUUCAGCACCUGCAGCUCCCACAUCUCAGCUGUUGCUCUCUUCUUCGGUUCUCUAGCAUUUAUGUACCUGCAGCCAUCGUCAGUCAGCUCCAUGGACCAAGGGAAAGUGUCCUCUGUGUUUUACACUAUUAUUGUGCCCAUGCUCAACCCUGUAAUCUACAGUCUGAGGAAUAAGGAUGUCAAAGAUGCCCUAAAUAAGCUUCUUGGAAAAAGAAAUUUUCCAUAG